AAUGCAAUAUUUGCAUACUGCUCAAGGCAGAAAAACGUCACGGUCCCAAUCCGUGCCACUCUAUGAUAUUCUUCGUAUUGAUACACUAAACACUAUUUUUAACAGUUAAGAAAACUUCCACAAGGACAGGAGCUCUGAGUUUCGUGACACAAUACGAGAUCUGUUAUUGAAUUUCCUCUCAUUCCAUUCAUUUGAUGGUACUAAGCUACAAGCAACGAAAGGAGGCCGUUCCUUAAAGAUUACCUGCCAAUUUCUGCAUAUAUUUUGGUGAAUUCAAGUUAAGGACUUUUAUGGCACAUAUGAGGGCAAUUGUUUUUUCUCUCGUGUGUUGCGCGCUUCGAUUAAAGCCAGUGGCAGCAGAUGGCUACGUCUCUGUACAACUUUACGAAUACGACAAUCCAACACACAGGGAUAACGGCGGCGGCUGCUGUGACCUCGUCUUCUCCAUAUUUGGCAAAUGCCCCAACGAGUGUGAGAACUUCUUCGAGCUCCAGAUGACGUCAUAUCCGGCUAGCUGGUCCAAGUCGCAGUGGGCUGGUCUUACCACGUACGUUUUGGGAGAUGACAGUUUUUAUUUUCCGGGAUAUGGUCACACAAUCGGCCCUAACGUGAGAAACCCGCUGGUCUACAGAUUCUCGGGAAGUUGGCCGAGAGCGUUCGGAAUACGUUUGCACGUGUGGGAUGACGACAGCAAUCACUUUCUUCAGCUCGGUAGUAGAGACGACUUGAUCGAAUCGCUUCUGUACAAUGUAGCCGGCAUCGACGCGGAUAGGGACUCAGCGAGCGCUACUGCCAGAUCAUACCAGAUCCGAGGUUACCGGUCCGUAACAGGAAUAAUAGUGCGCGUCUAUUGUGAUACCAACUAUUACGGACCUACUUGCGGGACGUACUGUAUCCCGCGGGACGAUAACUACAACGGGCACUACACGUGCGAUAGCAACACGGGAAACAAGAUCUGCCGUAGCUAUUGGACGGGAAGCAAUUGCCGUACACCGAUAUGCAAGAGCGGGUGCAGCUCAGUGCACGGGUUCUGUUACACACCACAAACCUGCGAAUGCUACUCAGGGUGGAGACUCCCUGAUUGCACCCAGUGCAUACCCAAGCCAGGAUGUAAUUACCCUGAUGGGGGAACAUGUGUGAGAGGCAACGACUGCGUUUGCAAACCAGAUUGGCAAGGGGAUAACUGUGAUCAAGAUCUCAACAAGUGUCGCUAUAGCCCGUGUCAAAACGAAGGGACUUGUUUGAACACCGGACCUGACGCUUACUCGUGCGCCUGCAAGGACAAGUACACCGGCAAGAACUGUGAAACAGAGAUCGACCUGUGUGAGCCGGAGCCUUGCGCUAAUGGAGGCUCUUGUACCAACUUCUACACGUACUACACAUGUACCUGUGUGCCAGGGUAUACUGGAAAACAAUGCGCGGCAGAUAUCAACGAGUGUCGGCCAAACAAUUGUCAAAAUGGAGCGACAUGCAAUAAUCUUCUCAAUCGGUAUGAAUGCACCUGCGCACCAGGGUAUACAGGGACUAACUGUGAGACGAACAUCAACGAGUGUGCAAGCGGUCCAUGUCGCAAUAACGGGACAUGCGUGGAUGAGGUGAACGGAUACCAGUGCCUGUGUUUGCAAGGAUUUACCGGACAGCGGUGUGAAACUGAUAUAGACGAGUGCCUGACAACACCUUGCCUUAAUGGAGGUACAUGCCACGAUGAGAUAAAUAACUUUCGCUGUGACUGCCCUACUGGUUACUAUGGCAAAACGUGUACAACCACAACAGACGAGUGCGAUCCAAACCCUUGUAAGAACGGCGCGUCUUGCAAAGAUCUCCAUCUCGAUUACAACUGUUCGUGUCCGGUUGGAUUCACUGGAAAAGACUGUGAGAUAAACAUCGAUGACUGUACCGUGGGUUCCUGUGCAGGUACAGGCACAUGCAAGGAUGGAAUAAACGACUUUUCUUGUGUCUGCAACACGGGAUACACCGGUGCUAAAUGUGAUUCCAACAUCGAUGACUGCGCAGCUUCCGGUCAACCUUGCCAAAACGGCGCCACAUGCAAAGAUGGCGUCAACCAAUACACAUGCGAGUGCCCCCUGGGGUUCACGGGAAGGCACUGUGAAAUCAACAUCGACGAUUGUGCUUCUGCAGCUUGCGCGAAUGGGGCGACUUGUGUGGAUGGGAUCGCUAAUUACACAUGUAACUGCUCUAUAGGAUACAAAGGGCGCCAUUGUGGCGAAAGGAUCAAUUACUGUGUGACCAAUCCCUGCAAGUACCAAGGAACCUGCGUUAACGAGCUCGGUUAUUAUCGAUGCUUGUGCAAGGAAGGUUACAAUGGAACCAACUGCGAGAUAGACCCGUGUAAAUGGAAUCCGUGUCAACGUAAUGGCACUUGUGCUGUGGUACCGAACACGCUAUACCGUUGCGAAUGUAAGGAAGGAUAUAGUGGAAGAAACUGUGAAAUAGAUAUUGACGAUUGUGAUCCAAACAACAAUAUCUGGAAUGAGGAGAAUUCUAACAACGUGGGGGCUUAUGGGUUUUGUGGGCCUCACGGGACAUGCGUCGAUGGCGUCAACAGGUACACGUGUACGUGCCAUCCGGGUUGGAAUGGUACCAAGUGUGAUAUAGAUAUUGAUGAAUGUGAUCCUAAUCCAUGUUUACGUGGUGGACAAUGUCAUCAGACGAACAACGCAAGCUACAUAUGCACCUGUCCUGUAGGAUACACCGGACAAAAAUGCGAGACUGAGAUAAACGAGUGUUUAUCGAGUAGUGUGAAAUGCACGUCUGGCUCGACCUGUCUUGACCGUCUUGACGGUUACGAGUGUCAGUGUCCCCCUGGACUCAAGGGAAUCUACUGCUCCUCAAAUUCGUCAUGGUGUGAGCCUAACCCAUGUAUAUCAGGGAACUGUACAGAUACCGGUACCAACUUCACGUGCCUCUGCAACCCUGGGUUUACCGGACGCUACUGUGAAAUAGAUAUUGAUGAGUGUGUGUCUAGUCCAUGUGGGAAUGUCAGUAACACAAAAUGCAUUGACCUCCCCGGCAACUACUCCUGUCGCUGUCCACCUGAUUACGAGGGCGCAAACUGUGAGACCAAAAUCAAUAACUGCCGCGAAAAUCCUUGUAAAAAUGGAGGCGAGUGUAUCGACGGUUCUCUUUCCUAUACGUGUCGUUGUCCGGCAGGAUUCACCGGUCUCAAUUGUGAGAAAGAUAUAGACGAGUGUAGCAUUUCUUCUCCUAAAGCGUGCAGCGGUGCUCGAUCGCGCUGUGUCAACACCUUUGGCAGUCACAAAUGCCUUUGUCCGGUGGGGUAUGAGGGUGAACGAUGUGAAAAAAACAUCGAUGACUGCGCCUCUUCACCGUGUCAACAUGGGGGGCAGUGCACAGACGGCUUGAAUGGAUUCACCUGCGCCUGCUGUACUGGCUGGUCAGGGAACACCUGCGAAAUCUGGAAUCCAGAUAUUGACCCAUGCGGUUGUGCUGAGCAAGGAACAUGUUACUGUAACCAGACGACGAGUAUCAACUACUGUCUUUGUAAUAAGGACUUUGGCGGACUGAAGUGUGAGAGAAAUAUAACGGCUGAACGAAUCGAGCAAGCGCAAGCUGAAGCCGCUAGACGCAAAAAUGACGCAGACACAGCUGAGAAGAACAAGGUCAUAGCUAUUGCUGUCACCUUCUCUCUCCUUGGCGUUAUCGCAGGCGGGGCAGCGGUUUACUUCUACAUGAGGCGGAAAAGUCAUCCGCCUGCCAGCCCCACUCGUAAAGAUCCUGAGCAUCACGAUUACGACGCCGGAAACAUGAUGUUUACCAACCCAGCCUACAGCAAAAUGGGGGACGAAGAAUUUGUUGACUUUUCUUGUCAACGAAGCACUUAUGCCUAAAUGUUUUCAAAUUACAAUUAAUUACAAUGGCUUGCAGGUUACAAAUUGCUUUAAAAUGUCAUCACAUCAAUGUUUUUUUAAUAUUUCGCAAUUUAAACGGCUUAAUUAUUUUAGAUUUUAGUCAUGUGAAUAAAUGAUCGUAUAGCGAUUGACGGAGCCUUAAAACAUUGGCCGAAUUUUGAAUGGUACAACUAACGACUGAAUCUCUGCAAUGAUGCAUUAUCGUUGAAAACGAAAACUCAAUUGUACAGUUAUUGAAACGAUAAAUAUAAAACAUGAAAUGGA